UAUUCUUUAAACAAGAUCCUUAAUUAUCUCUUUCUAAUCUCUAUCUAAUCUUCUUACCAAAAAAUAUAAUCACAAUUUCUAUUAAGAUUUUCUAGUUUCAUUCGUUCAUUCAUCGAUUUGUUGAGUUUAGCUUGACGAUAUGGGGUUGAAAUCUUUGUUCAAAAUCAAGAAAAAAGAUGUCCCUAGUGGAAACCCAUUCGUUGUCAACGAUAAUCCAAUGCCUGUGAAUUUAUCGAGGGUAUCCUCGAUAGAUUCACGUGCAAGGAUCGAGGAGGAACUAGAACAAGUGUUCAAGAAAUUCGACGUGAAUGGUGAUGGAAAGAUAUGUUCAUCGGAAUUAGGGUCCAUCAUGGCUAGCCUCGGGAACCACGCCACGGAGGAGGAGUUGGUCAACAUGAUACGUGAAGUGGAUUCGGAUGGGGAUGGGUUCAUUGACUUGCAAGAAUUUAUCGAGCUUAAUACUAAGGAUAUCGAUUCUAAUGAGGUACUUGAGAGCCUUAAGGAUGCAUUUUCGGUGUUCGAUAUGGAUAAGAAUGGGUCCAUCUCCGCCGAGGAGUUGCUAACCGUUCUCCAAAGCCUUGGAGAGGAUUGCAACUUGGCGGAGUGUCGAAAAAUGAUUAGUGGUGUUGAUUGUGAUGGUGAUGGGAUGAUCAAUUUCGAGGAGUUUAAGAUUAUGAUGGCAAAAGGUUCUCGAUUUGAUGUAAAAGGAUGCUAGGAUUGUGUAAAUUUGAUUAGGUAAUUUUAUGUGUUUUUUUAAUUUCGUGUGUUUGAAUCGAGAAGUAGAAUUUUAAACUCUAUAUAGAAAAAAGAAAGAAAGGAUAAAGGAGGAUGAAUAGUUGUUCUCAAGGUCGGAAAAUUGCUAAUUUCAAUGAAAUUCGUGAUUGACUAGUCAAAUCUUGAAUGUUCGUCGAAAAUUAGCAAUUUUUUGAUAGUGUCUCUUUUAUUUUUAAUUUAUUGUUUUUAGAUUUUUUUAUAUGUAGUACUUGUGAGCAAAUGGAAUUUAGAGGAUUUAAAGAAUUGUUAGUAAAUUACUGAAAUUCCAUUUUAUGAAUAUUAUUGUGUUUGAUGGUAAUUGGAGAGAUAUA